UUUCUUGCAGUUUUCCAAUUUUUCUUGUUAAUGUAUUUUUGGGUUCCCUUUCUCUCUACACAAUUGAAGAAGAAAAAGAGUGGGAGCCUCCAAGGAAAGGAUUAGCGAGGGUUUAUCGAUGGAGCCGGAGAAAAGUAGAGAGAGACUCAAUCCCACAACACAGAAACAGCCUAAUGUCUUCGCGACGCCUUCUAGCCUUGUCGGGAGCAUCGUCGAGAAAGCAUUGGUCUCCUGUCCAAUCUAAUGUCGAGGAGGAUGAUGGCAAUGAGGAAGAAGAACGUUUCAUGAAUGCACACUCCAUUGCUGCUUUUGCUAAACCGCUUCAUAGAAAGGAGAAAAAAGAUAUGGAGCUCAGGAGGUGGAAAGAUAUGCUCUCUGGGGAUGAUCCCACAUCCACAUAUAAUAACUCCCACGAAUCACGGAAAGCUCACAAGUUUGAAGCCAGGUCGAUGUCUGAUGCGACCACUUCUCCCAUGGACGUGGAUCACCGCAACACUCUACUCGCUACAAUAAGCCAAGACUUUUCUACAACACGGUUUGGUUUUGCAUCAGGCCAGGGAGAAAUUGUUUCUGAGAAAGCAACGCCUAUUAAAAAUCUCGGGAGCCAGGAAAGGACUUCUUUUGACGGAUCGAAUGGACUUGGAACUAGACAGGCAUCUUCAUCUCUUGAUAGUGAUAUUGAUGCAGAGAACCAUGCACGGUUGCAGACGAUGUCACAUGAAGAGAUUGCAGAGGCACAGGCUGAGUUAUUGGAGAAGAUGGAUCCUGCAUUACUAAGCAUUUUGAAGAAACGAGGCCUGGACAAACUGAAGAAACGAAAGCAUUCAUUGCCGGGUUUGUCCAAUGCCACCGAGGAAACUAAGAAUUUAAGAACAGAGGGUCACUUCGUCAGGCCUGAUAUUCAUCCACCACAGGGCCUGGCUGUUACUCCAUCUGCCUCUCAAGUGAUAGCAGUGCCAAAAGAAAGACGUGUGGUGCAAAAUCCAGUGUUAGCCCAAGGCUUCUUGUGGGAUACAUGGACUGAGAGGGUUGAGGCAGCCAGGGAUUUGAGGUUUUCUUUUGACGGGAAUGUCGUUGAAAAUGUUGUCGUCCCAGCAGCUAAAACUGGUGAAACCUGGUCUAGCGUUGGAUCUGCUGUUGAACGUGACUACUUGAGAACUGAGGGGGACCCUGGGGCAGCAGGGUACACCAUCAAAGAAGCUAUUGCACUCGCACGAAGUGUGAUUCCGGGGCAAAGAUGCCUUGCUUUGCAUCUGCUUGCAUCUGUACUCGACAAAUCUCUAUACAAACUUUGUCAGAGCAGAAUCGGCUCCAUAAGGGAUGAAAAAGAUAAAUCCACUGAUUGGGAAGCGAUCUGGGCUUAUGCCCUCGGACCGGAACCUGAGCUUGUCUUAGCAUUGAGGAUGGCUCUUGAUGACAACCAUACCUCUGUUGUUCUAGCAUGUAUGAAAGUGAUUCAGUGUCUACUGAGCUGUUCUCAUAAUGAGAACUUCUUUGAUAUUUUGGAGAACAUGGGACCUCACGUAAAGGACAUCUCCACGGCCUCUGUGUUCAGGAGUAAGCCAGAGAUUGAUCUCGGCUUCCUCCGUGGUUGCUACUGGAAGUAUAGCGCCAAACCUUCCAACAUUGUUCCUUUCCGUGAAGAAAUCGUGGAGGACGGGGCAGAAGAUACGGAAACUAUCCAGAAAGACGUUUUUGUAGCCGGACAAGAUGUUGCUGCCGGUCUUGUCAGAAUGGAUAUUCUUGCAAGAAUUUAUCACCUUCUCGAGACAGAAGCAACAGCAGCAACAGCAGCGCUCGAGGAGAGCAUCAUUUCUGUUACUAUUGCGAUAGCAAGACAUUCUCCAAAAUGCACUACUGCAAUUUUGAAGUAUCCGAAAUUUGUGCAAACAAUUGUGAAAAGAUUCAAGUUGAACAAAAGAAUGGACGUUCUUCCUUCUCAGAUCCAUUCGGUUCGCCUCUUAAAGGUAUUGGCCCGGAGUGACAAAAGUACUUGCAUGGAGUUUGUGAAGAAUGGGACAUUCAAUGCGGUCACUUGGCAUUUGUUUCAGUUCACCUCCUCUCUUGACUCAUGGGUUAAGUUAGGGAAGCAGAACUGCAAACUUUCAUCUGAUUUGAUGGUCGAACAACUCCGGUUUUGGAAGGUCUGUAUCCAAAAUGGCUGUUGCAUAUCUCGAUUCCCAGAGCUAUUCCCAGCUCUGUGUCUGUGGUUGAGUUGCCCAUCAUUUGAAAAGCUCAAGGAGAAAAAUCUCGUCUGCGAGUUUACUUCUGUGUCAAAGGAAGCUUACCUGGUCCUUGAGGCUUUUGCCGGAACACUUCCUAGUAUGUACUCACAAAACAUUCCACAGAAUGAAACUGGGGCUUGGGACUGGAGAUAUGUUAGCCCUUUGAUUGAUACAGCACUGAGCUGGAUAGCAGUGGCCCCCAAAUUACUCGAGUGGGAGAGAGGAAUCGAAAGUGUCUCUGCGUCCACUACUUCUCUGUUGUGGUUGUAUUCGGGUGUCAUGCGUAAUUCCAACGUUCUUGAGAAAAUCUCUGCCCAUGGAGAGGAAGAACCUCUGCCAUGGCUGCCGGAGUUUGUUCCAAAGAUUGGCCUCACCAUCAUCAAGCACAAGCUUCUUAGUUUUUCCGUUGCAGCCGUAAGUAGGUGUGGGAAAGACCCGUCCAGGUGUUCCUCUUUUAUGGAAUUUUUGUGUAUUCUAAGAGAACAGUCUCAAGAUGAAGAACUAGCGUUAGCUUCUGUGAGUUGCCUUCAUGGAUUAACACGAACUAUCGUGUCCAUCCAAACUCUGAUAGAAUCUGCUAGAUCUAAGAUGAAAGCUUCUCCUCAGGGAAGCGUUUCUGUUAGAGAUGAGUCUGUGCUUGCAAAAGGAAUACUGACAGAGUCUCUUGGUGACCUAACAUCUGUGUGGAGCUCUUUUAGAGAUUCCGUUGCAUCAGAAUGGUCCAUCAUACAAUCCAUUGAGCUACAUAAACGAGGUGGACUAGCUCCUGGGGUGGGACUUGGUUGGGGAGCUAGGGGUGGUGGGUUUUGGUCAACUAGAGUUCUGUUGGCACAAGCUGAUGCCGGCCUUCUGAGUCUCUUUCUUAAUAUCUCUCAAAUAAACUCGCAGAAUGAGGAGGGAUCGGUUUUCUUGAUGGACAAAAUAAACUCCGCUUUAGCUAUAUGCUUGAUUGCAGGUCCAAGGGAUCAUUUACUUGUGGAAAAAGCCUUCGGCUAUGUCCUUGGACCGCAUGCUUUAGAACACCUGGCCUGCUGCAUCAAGUCAAACAAAAGAACCAUAACGUUUGACUGGAAAUGUAGUGAAUGGGAUUAUGAUCGUAUGAGCAAUGUGCUCGUUUCUCACUUCAAACUUAGAUGGUUGCACCCAAAGAAGAAAUCUAAAUCCGAGAAGGGAGUCAGUGGGACAAGGAAAGGCGCAGUUGGUCUGGAGACUAUUCAGGAGGACGGUGAAAUGCCAAAUUGUUCAACGCAGGACCAAAAAUCAGACUCACUAAUCACAGAGUGGGCUCACCAGAGAAUGCCCCUGCCUCCACACUGGUUUCUGAGCUCCAUCUCAGCAGUCCACGGUGGUAAAACCUCAGAAGGGGCACCAGAAUCCGCAGAGUUGAUUGAAGUCGCAAAAGCCGGAGUUUUCUGUCUUGCAGGACUUGAGUCAUCGUCUGGGUUGGGAUCGCUUCCAUCUCCUGUUUUGAGUGUGCCGUUGGUUUGGAAGUUUCACGCUUUGUCCAACGUGUUGCUUGUUGGAAUGGAGAUCAUCGAGGACAAGAACACUAGGAACCUGUACAAUUUUCUCCAGGAGCUCUAUGGGCAGGUUCUUGAUGAAAGGAGACAAAAUCAUCGUGAAAGUGAGCUCCUGGGGUUCAAGUCUGACAUUUCCGAGAAUUACUCAACUUUUGUGGAGAUGCUAGUGGAGCAAUAUGCUGCAGUGUCGUAUGGGGACCUACUGUAUGGCCGGCAGAUGUCGAUGUACUUGCAUCAAUGUGUGGAACCCUCAAUUCGGCUUUCGGCAUGGACUGUGCUCUCCAAUACCCAUGUUCUUGAGCUGCUGCCGAGUCUAGACAAAUGCUUGGGAGAUGCAGAAGGUUACCUCGAACCGGCUGAGGAAAACGAGGGCGUCCUUGAGGCGUACCUGAAGUCAUGGACAGGUGGAGCUCUGGACAGAGCAGCGACGCGAGGAUCAUUAGCCUUCACACUGGUUGUGCAUCACUUUUCACAUUUAGUGUUCUGCAAUGGAGCCAAGGAUAAAGGAGGAGUGUCGAUGAGGAAUAAGAUUGUAAAGUCUCUUGUGAGAGAUUUAUCCAGAAAGCGGCAUCGGGAGGGGAUGAUGGUGGAUCUCCUGAGGUAUAGUAAAUGGGGUGCAAAUGCGAUGGAAGAAGAAUCAGCAGCGCAGACGAGUGAGAGAGAGAGAAGAAUGGAGGUGUUGAAGGAGGCUUGCGAAGGCAACUCCUCGUUCCUCUCGGAGCUGGAGAAGCUCAAAUCCGCCGCCUUGUGUGGAAGAAGGUGAAACAAAGUGUCAUUGGGGAGGAAACAAAGUGUAAUUUUUUUUGGUUACAAGUAGUCUUUGGACAAGAGAGGUGUGUAAGUUAGAUCCGAAUUGGCUAUAAUAUCGAACAAACAGUAAUUAGAUGAUCAUAUCUGUAGGAGGAGGAAUGUCCAAAACAUGAACUUGACGGAAACCCAUUAUUGGGGCACAGAAAAGUUUUAAAACUUA